CGUCCGGGCAGCGCAAUGGCGGAGGGCCAGCCGGGAGGCGCACGCGUUGCCACCAUGCUGCCCCUGUGCUCUGAGCAGGCCCUGAGCCAGCUGCUGGCUCAGAAGGAGGAGGAGUGGCGAGCACUGCAGGCUCAUCGCGCCCAGCUGCAGGAGGCAGCGCUGCAGGACAUGCAGGGCCAUCUGGAAGAGACUCAGGGCAACCUGCGGCGCCUGCAGGAGGACUUUGUAUACAACUUGCAGGUGCUGGAGGAGCGGGACAGCGAGCUGGAGCGCUAUGAUGCGGCAUUUGCCCAGGCCAGGGUGCGAGAAGAGGCCAGGCAGGCGGAGGUGAGUGAGCUCAAGAUAGAAGUGGCCAAACUGAAGCAAGCCCUCACCAGAGAGGCCAGGCGUGUGGAGGAGUUGCAACAGCAGCAGCAGCUGAAGUUGCAGGAAUAUCGCCUGGAGCUGGAACGUGUACACAGUGACAAGAACGAUGAGAUCUGCCUUCAGCGGGAGCAGUAUGAGAAUCUGAAGUGGAAACUGGAGAGAAAACUGAAAGAAGUCGAUGGUGAGCUUGCUGUGCAGAGACAGGAGCUGCUGCUGGAGUUUGAAUCUGAAAUGCAGAGGAGAGAGCAUGAGUUUCGGCUGAAGGCUGAUGACAUGAGCAAUGUGGUCUUGUCCCACGAGCUCAAGGUUAAGCUUCUGAACAAGGAGCUGGCAGCUCUGAAAGAAGCUGGAGCCCAGGCAGCAGAGAGUCUGCAGAGGGCGGAGACAGAGAACGCAGAGUUAGAGAGGAAGCUACAGGGCAGCGCCUGGGAACUCCGGGACCUGGAAGCUGUGAAGGAUGCCCGGAUAAAGGACUUAGAGGAUAAGCUCCACUCCAUGCAGCUGACCAGGAAAAGAGAUGAGGAGACUUUUCAGAGGAAGCAUGAAGAGCUUGACCGUCUAGCCAGGGAGAGGGACACAGUUCUGGCAGCAGUAAAAAGCACCCACAGGGAACAGCUACAGGCACUGGAGGCCAGGGUGUUGGAGAUGCAGACCCACUGUAAGACACUUGAAGGGCAGCUUCGCAGGGCUGAAUGGACACGAGCCGAUGCCAUCAAGGAGAAGGAUGCCAUCAUUGACAAGCUCCGUGAAGAUGCGUCAGCUCUAAAAACUAGCUGGGAAGCCCAGAUCACUCAGAUGUCCAAGGAGACUGUCUCCAAAGACCUUCAGGUUCAGAUGCUACAGGAAGAGGAGGCAAAGCUCAAGGCACAAGUGGCAAGGUUCCAGCAGGAUAUAGACAGGUAUAAACAGCAACUGUCCCUGGCAGUGGAAAGAGAACGGAGCCUGGAACGUGACCAGGUACAGCUGGGCCUGGACUGGCAGCGCCGUUGUGAUGAUAUUGAACGAGAUCAGAUUCAGAAGUCAGAGGCUUUGAUCCAGAGCCUGACCAAUGCCAGGGCCCAGGUUUCUGCUAAGCUUAUGGAGACUGAGCGAGCACUGCAUGAGCAGGAGGUAGUGCUGAAGACUGUGGCUUUGGAGCGAGAUCAGGCUGUGGAAACAUUGCGGAUGCAUGGGCUCCUCCCUGGACAGGAGGCACAGGUACUCCCACAGCAGCAUGAAGGAGAAAUGAGUAAGAAUUUUCCAUCCAUUGAGAUCCAGCAGCUACAGGAGCAGAACACAAGUCUGCGAAAAGCUGUCUCACAGAUGAGGAGAGAGAUGGAAAUGCUGAGUGGUCUCCUUCCUCCCACGCAGUCAGGAGAGUGCUCAAAUGUGAACCUUGAUCCCAAGGCUGGAGGAGAUGCAGCCCCUCCUGAUUACGUGCUGGCUCUGGAAGCAGAAGUGCAAAACCUAAAGUAUAAACUUAAAGCCCUAGAAGAACAGCUAGAAGGCAUGGCAGAGCCCUUGAAGACGUCCUCGGCCCCUGCUGAUUUGCACCCUACUGCCCACAGCUCUACGGAGCCAUUUGGAGGAGCUACCCUGAAGGGCCAGCCAUCCACUGCAUUGGCACUCAGGAAGCUCGGAGACAGAGUACAACUCUUGAACUUGCUGGUGACACAACUUAAAAAGAAGGUGCAGCAGGAGCCCAUGGAGCUGGAUGUUAUGCAGCGCGAGCUACCUCAUAAGGUGGACCAGGUACACAUGGAGGUUUUGGAGCUGCAGAAGCAGGUGGCUGAGCUAAGGAAGCAUCUCAAGAGAGUCAGCUGUGGAGGAGGGGAGCCUUUGGAGAAGCAGCAGCUCAGCAGAGAGGUCAAUGGGAGACCUGCUGGUGCUGGAGACCAGGCAGAGUUCUCCAGUUGCCCCCAGCCAGGGGCACAGCCUCCACAGGCCUUAUCUGUGCCCCACCUACAGAGGAAACUACAGGAAGCAGCCAGGAAAAUCCUUAGACUCCACCUGGAGAGGGAGCAGCUGCUUGAGAUGGGGAACCGGCUGCGUGCCCAGCUGGCCCACCCUACAGGGAGACCACCUCUUCGUCCAGUCCCUCCCAUGCCCGAGGCCCAGGAUCACCAUGAAGUGUCUGCAGUGUCUUUGGAAUGUGGUCCACCCUUGGGACAGUUGCAGCCUCACUUUAUAACUCAGGACCUCAAGCACAUCAAGAGAAAAAGUGCUUCUGAAUAUACGGGAAAGAAGCAAGCGCACUUGGCCCAGGUGGUCAUGAAAAAUGACACCCCACGAGGCUACAAAGCAGUCUUGGCGUCUGGACACACUCAGAGACAGCACAGAAUCCCCAAAGGGACGUGUAAGUCAACACAUCAGAAAGAAAACAGAUCUCCAGAGCCAUCCCAGGCUCCAGAAGUCCCUGAAGAAAGUGACCACCACACCUACAGAUCAUCCUCAUUGGCCAGCAGUUCCCUCCAAGAUACCUGGAGGCUGCUAGACCUGGGGUCCAGCCUUUCAGGCCUUCACUCCCAGGAUGACUCCACCCCAGAGUUCCAAGCACCUCCAGCAACCAGCUGUCUCCAGGAAGCUGACCCAAGUACUGUCACCACAAAGGGGACCUUUGUUAUCAGAGGGAUAAAGAUGGAAGCUCAGCUAAAGGCCACACCCACCAGACUGACCAAGUUGCACCCUGUAAAACCUACAAGCUGCCGGUGGCCCUCUAGGAUUCGCAACUACAAUCUCAAGGACUGACUCCUUCAGCCCCUUGCAGGGGUCCCCAUGUAGUCCCUACCUGGAUGUUUUGGACUUGUGCGUGUACAGGUCAAGUGUGGGGCCACAUGUGGCAUUCUGGUGGGCUGUGAGUGCAAGACAGGCUCCCAAAUGACAGUGCCUAAACCCUCAGGCACUUCCUCCCCUACCUGCUUGGCCUGCAGAGUUGUUUGUCUUGUCCAACUUGGGACAUGAGGUAUCAGUGUACAUGCCAGCACCUGGCCUCUUCCACUUGCUUGUGUCACAACUCAGCCACCUGUGCACUGACCAUGUCACCAACAGUGACCUUCCCCAGAGCCUGGUGGGGAGGACAGUACCCACCUUCAAAGCAGGCCUGUCCCCAGACAAUACUAUAUGUCAAAGAUCUUCCCAGGAGUGGGAACUGCAGUUCCCAGUAAGCCUGGUCAAGACUUUGUCACCCCAAGUGCCACACACACACACACACACACACUCACCUACAAAAAUUGCAUUGUGAGAAUCAUCCAGGUUUAUCUCAACAUUGGUCCAGACAUACUGUAUGGCCACCACCAUCCACCAUAGCUGUGACCACAGGAAGUGUCUUGAAGGUUGGUGUCAACAUGGCCAUGCCCUCCCCACAGCAGAAUGCCAGAUGGCUACACCCUUGGUCUUGCGGGUGUUUCCCUAGCCAGGCUCACAGCAUCCCGGGUAGGACCAUAGGUAGUGUUCGUGGCAUUUGUGAGGAAGCUCCCAGCCCAGCCUUGCUGUAUGACCUUGGCUAGUCAUAUGACUUCUGCAGCUUUAGUGAUACUUGUCUGCCUGGCUCACAAACAUCACAGGAAAGCCCACACUCAGCAGUGUGGUCGAGGACACUGCCCGAGGAGCUGAGGCCUAGGUCAGGGGGACUUGAUCACUUCUGCUCACCCUAUGGUUUGUAGUAGGCUUCAUCUCUCCAGGUGUAUGCAAUAGCUGUGGAGAAUGUCCUUAUCAUAGCCGGCUUAAGCACCCUGUGUUUCUAGGAGCCACAGAGGCAAUGGCAGGCCAUUCUGAUGCUCCAAGAAACAGCAAAGUACUGCUCUCCCCCUUUCCAAGAUGCUGAGUAGUGCCUAUGGCCCUGUAACUCCUGUGAAUGAAAAGAUAAGUGAAGAUGCCUGCCUUUAGAGGUGAGGGUAGCCACAGCAGCAUUCUUACUCUGUAUCCAGAAAGCCGAUCCUGAAUCACAGCCCCAUCACCUGAGUCUGACAGGCUGUAGAGGCCAGAGAGAGAUCUACUGACCACUGAUGGCUGAACAGCAGCAUAAAUGAGAAGUUAUGAGUGGGGCGUGGUGGCACACACCUUUUUUUUUUAAUAUUUAUUUAUUUAUUGAGAGAGCGAGAGAGA